AUGUCGGGAUUCUCGGGCGUCGUGAAGCUUGCUGAUCUCGAUGAUUUCAUCAGCCCUAGCACGGAAUGCGUAAUACCGCUCGCCGGAGCUCUCGAGAAGAGCAAACAUGAGGAAGCAACUGGAGAAGUACGGCCACAGCUAAUACGGUCUAAAAAGGCGGAAGAGAAGACUACGGGUCAAACAGCUACGAUUGCACAAGUUUCCCUGUCGGACUGCCUCGCAUGUAGUGGCUGCGUUACUUCAGCUGAAACAAUACUAUUGACGGAGCAGUCGACAGAUGCAUUGUUGCAGCGACUGGGGGCAAAAAGUUCCGACUCCUCUGAAGAGGCGCUCCCUGCGGAAGUAGUAGUGUCGGUGACGGGGCCGAGUCGGACGUCUUUAUCACAGUACUUUAAUAUUUCUCCGGAGAAAGUAGCACCAGCACUGGGAGAAGCACUGCGCCAACUGGAGUUAAAAUUGCAGGAAAAGGAUGAUAUCAAUCUCCCGAGGAUUUCCUGUUUGAAUACGAGUGUGAGUGAAGCAGUAGCACUGGUGUUGACUAGAGAGGAAGCGAAGCGACGGAAGGAUGAUGCUGAACGGAAAGGGUUACCACCAAAGGCGUUUCUGACGUCACACUGUCCUGGUUGGACAUGUUACGCUGAGAAGAGUCUUGAUGCAGAUACAGUAGAGUUGCUCAGUAACGUGAGGUCCGCAGAGCAAAUACAAGGUCUUUAUGUGAAAUCAGUGAUACCACAUUUCCGCCAAAUCGUUGCAUAUAGAGGCUUUUGGGAUACAUAUCUAUCUCGUAUUAUGCUUCCCAAGAGUAGCAGCAGUAGUCUGCGUCGUAUAUACCAUGUAUUGGUGUCCCCUUGUUUCGAUCGGAAGUUGGAGGUAUUGCGGCCGAACUACAGGAUAAAGAGCGCUUCUGAUUCCACAGAUGGCGUUCCCAGUAUCGAUUUAGUGCUCGGGACCAGCGAGAUCGUGUCUCUCUUGAAGAAUUAUGAUUUACAUCUUUCCAAAUUCACCAACGCUGAACCCACGAACGAUCUUCUUAUGUGCGGCAGUCGUUGCUUUGUUCCUUUCGGAGAUUCUUCAGAGUGCGGAGGAUACGCCCGAGGUGAAUUACAGGUCGCGGAAGAUCCAAAAUGGAUCUCUGUGAAAAAUCAAGAUUUGACUCACAUCGGAAAAGUGGCGCGAGCGUACGGUUUUCGAAAUGUGCAGAAUAUUGUUCGAAAAGUUAAUAAACGAGGAUUUGAUUACGACUUUGUGGAGGUGAUGGCGUGUCCAGGUGGAUGCGGAAACGGCGGGGCUCAGGUGAUUCCUGAUACUAUUGCUGAGGAAAAGGAUGCGGAGAAAUCUCAUAUGAGUUCGGUGGUGAAACUUGAAUAUGUUGAAAAGGCGGUUAACCACGAGAACUUGAUUUAUCAUUGCAUGUUUUAA